ACCAAAAUGUUAAUUGGGCCACCGUAUAUUAACCCGCUGGCCGCCAUUAUUUCAUUUCGCAAUUCAAUAACCCUAAUCCCCAAAUGGGUCGACUCUCCUCCGCCGUAGAAUUCCCCGACGACAACCACCGCCGCGACCGUUACAAUUCCGACCGCCGUUACUCGCCUCAUCGCCGCCGCAGCCGCAGCCGUAGCCCUGUAAGUCGGAGUCGGAGUCCGGUAUACAGUCCAUACAGAGUCGGCCAACAACAACAAAACGGCCGAACCAAUCGCCGAUCAAUUUCUCCUAAUCGCAGUUACCGUAGACCACAAAGCCCUAUAAACGAACCUCCUAGAAGAUUCGGAAGAGGUAAGAAACCGUACCUUGAUCGAGAUCAUGCUGAUUCCGAUUCUGAUGAAGAACUUAAAGGCUUGAAUUUCGAGGAGUAUCGUAGGUUAAAGCGCCAGAAAUUGCGUAAACAGUUAAAAAAUUGUAUCUGGAAUUGCACUCCUAGUCCACCUAGGAACAAGGCCGAGGCCGAGGAGGAUUAUGUAGAAGAGAUUUAUGAAUUUGGUGAUAAAAUUGAAGAAGAUAUGGUGGUUAAGAAGGAUAAUGUAUCGAAAAAGGACGUAUCUGGAAGUGAAUCAGAAUCGGAAUCUGAAUCUCAAUCAGAGUCAUCAGAUUCUGAGUCCGUGAAGAGGAAUUCUAGGAAGAGGAGGAAGAAAUUGAGCGCGAGACGUAGGAGUAGGAGGUCAAGAAGGAAAAAUGAGAGCGAAUCGGAGGAAGAGGAGGAGUCUAGUGAUGAUGAUUCAUCAGAGGAAGAAGAAGGAAGGAGAAAAAGAAGGAAGAAAUCGAGGAGAAGAGAGAGUAAGAGGAGAUAUAAAAAGGGUAGUAGUAGGAGGAGGAAGAAAAGAAGCAAAAAGAGAAGGUAUUCAAGUGAGAGUGAGAGUAAAAGCGAAAGUGAAAGUGAAAAUGGUGAAAUUAAUGGUUCUGAUAUUAGUAAGAAGCAAAAGGGUGUUUUGAAGAGUAAGAAAAAGAAGGAUGGGGAUAGUGAUGUAGCUGAAAAGAGCUCGGAGUCGAAUGAGAAGAAGGGUGAUGAAGCAACGAUAGAUGAAGUUAAUAGUGAGGUUCUUGAAUUCAAAGAAUUGAUUGAGGCAAGGAAAAAGAGUAAUUUUGAAGAUGAGGCUCCAGUUGGUCCAAUGCCAUUGCCAAGGGCUGAAGGGCAUAUUAGCUAUGGUGGUGCACUUAGGCCUGGUGAAGGUGAUGCUAUUGCUCAAUAUGUUCAGCAAGGGAAACGUAUUCCACGUAGAGGUGAAGUGGGUCUUUCUGCUGAUGAGAUUUCGAAAUUUGAGGGUCUUGGUUAUGUGAUGAGUGGUAGUAGGCAUCAAAGGAUGAAUGCUAUUCGUAUCAGAAAGGAAAACCAAGUUUACAGCGCUGAAGACAAGCGAGCGCUGGCCAUGUUUAACUAUGAGGAGAAGGCUAAGCGUGAACAGAAGGUUAUGGCUGAUUUGCAGCGCCUCGUGCAACGCCACAUUGGUCAGGAUACUGAAACUUCUCAUGAUCCGUUUGGAGGGAAGUCUGCAGAGGGUGCUGAUGCUUGAUCCCUUUGGAAAACUUAGCAAGCAUAUUUAGAAGUUCUGUUAGUUUCCUACAUUGGAAUCAUAAAGAUCCAUUGAAGUAUGCCCUAGGACUAUGCUUCUCAGACUCAUAAAAAUGUGAUCGUUGUGCGUGUUGGAUCCUCCAAAAGUAAUGCAUUUUUGAAGGAUCUGACAUGGAUGCAGCAAGAUUAUUGGAUAGAACGAGCAACAUGGCCCUAGGAAGCGUUGUAGAGCUUUAUUGACUUUAUUGCAAAUUGUAGUUUUCGUGAAAAAAAUGUAUAGACUGAAUGUAUUCAAGAUGCCACUCAUGUUGUGCUUAUUUCUAGAUCCUUGCACCUGUCUGUUUGGACCUUUAGACACCUACCAACGCUUAUACAACUUGAUGAUAUUAUAUGGUUAUUCGUUAUUGUGUAGAUAAGAUUAGGCCCAAAAUUGAAAUGCUCACUACCACUUUUGGAAGUUCUGUCAUGUAGUUGCAAAUGACUAGUUUUCUGCAUGUUCAGCUAACCAUUUGAGUAUAUUUCAUC